AUGACUAUAACAUCAUCGACUACUACUACCAACAGAACAAAAAAUAAUUCAGAUACUGACACUGAAAAACCAGUAACGUGUAACCGAAAAACACGAACGUAUACUCGUACUCAACGAAUAAAGGUCACUACACUAGGAAAAACUAAUAAUUCAUCACCGAGAAAAAAUUCGACACAAGAGAAACGAUAUGGCAACUGUUCAAAAUGUAAAGAAAAUGAGAGUAAUGUGGAACUGUUGAGUGAACAUGUUGAAAGAAUUGAACGAUUAGUAGAUGACUUCGCCAAGACGACCAAGUGUGAUGACAGAUCAUCCACAUACAGUGGACGGCUUUCUGACUUAUCGAAAUGUAGUCUUGAAGACUUACAAAAACUUAUGAUAAACACCACAAAGAUUAUGUUUCCUCAAAAAUCUUCCAAAGUCAUUGGUAAAUCCGGUAACGAACAAGUUUGUAAAACCGUACUGAUUCCAGUUCUUAAAGCAGAUUUUCAUGCAGAACCUAUGGAAGACAUUUCUUAUAUUCCAAAUGAUAAAUCUCCAAUUUCUAAACUAAAUGCAUUUCGUCAAGAUUCUGGAUUUUCAGAAUCUAAAGCUGGUAUUGAUCACUGUUAA